GGCACAGUUAGGAGCCAAGCCUGCACCUGAAGCCAUGAGUACAAACAACCAGUGGGAUGUGAACAAAGCACUAACUCUUGCGAGCCUUUUCCGUUUUCUUUAUGGAGCAGGCAAUGCCUGCACAGCCCCCUUUUUAACUCUGUACUUUCGGCAGCUGGGGUUGACUGCACCGUUAGUAGGGAUUAUUAUAGGGCUGAAACACCUAAUAACUUCCCUUUGGGCCCCACUAUGCUCCUACCUAGCAAAAACCCACAAUAAAAGGAAAGUUCUCAUUACUGGAUCUCUGUUGUGCUCAGUCGGAGCAGGCUUGCUUCUGACUCUUGUCCCACCUCUGAGCAUGGACAUAGCCUAUAAAUAUUGUAAUGUGAGCCAGCACUCAGCGAAACUACUGACUGCAACCCAGGAGCCUGAAAUUAGUACAAACAGUCUUAGUACUGUGAAUUUCAGACCCAUCACUGAUAGCAAAAUACUGUCUACUGGAUCAGUUGGAAUGGCCUCUGAUGACACGGUGACCGCCGAAAUGCCAACAGAAGCACAUCUGUCAUUAAAAAAAAAAUCCUCUAUAAACAGUUCUUCUGGGAUAAACAACCAAGUCAUCAUUAAUACUGAUAAACAGCAGUUCACUGAUGGCUCUUUGGGUGAGACAUCCACUUUUGAGAAAGAAAUUGCCACAACGGAACAAACGUUAAAGACUCUUCCUGUGAAAGGAUCUGUGAAGGCAACCAAGAUUCCCAUGAGUGGCAUCAUGAAUAUCAGUGAGAGUUUUGAGGAAAACAGCUCUUCAGAGACCAUUGCUCACUUCACACUUCACACAGCCCCAGUACCUUUUACAGAGACUUCCUACAUUUUAAAAAACCUAUCAGGCCUGUGGGGAAGAGCACAGGAUGUAAGCUCUCAGCUGCUGCAAGGUGUUAACUUCUUGAACAGGGAGCACCAGGUCUUUCUCAUGGUUCUAGGUGUUGUUGUGCUUUGGGAACUCCUGGCAGCACCUCUUGGGUGGAUGGUUGAUGACAGCCUCUAUGAGUACCUUGAUUUUGUUGAUGCUGCAGACAAAUUUGAGAAUCUUUGGAUCUGGAGUUACUUGGGAGCGUCUGUGGCAGCCUGCAGUGUAGCAGUAUUUGUGGAUCAGCUGAGCUGCUUCUUGAGCACAAAUGUCCCACGGUUUGCAGUACAUUUCUAUGGCUAUGCCUUAUUGAUAACUUUAACAUUACUUGUCAGUGUCUUCUUCCCCAUCCCUGUGUCUCAGAAAAACGAACAUGUCAAUAAAACGGGCAAAGCUUUGAACCUUAUUGGGAGCGAUGGCCGAACCAUCCUGUGCGCUGUCACCGUCUUCCUCACGGGGGCCAUUGGAUCAGCUGUGCAGAAUUUUCUUUUCUGGCAAAUGCAAGACCAAGGCAGCAGUGAGUUGAGCAUGGGCCUUGUGGUGGCCAUUGGACUGAUUGCUGAAAUUCUGCUCUACAUCUUCAAAAGCAAGUUGCUAAGGGCACUCUCCGGUGCUGGCACAGUUGCCUUGAGCUUAAGCUGCCUGGCUUCACAGCUGCUCUUCUACUCAUUCCUGUGGAACGCCUGGGCAGCACUGCCAAUCCAGAUCCUCUGUGCCUUUAGCAAGGGGGCCUUGUGGUGGGCUGUGAACAUGCUGACAGAUGACAUUGCCACUCCUAGCACAGAGAGGUCUCUGCAUCUUGUCUUACAAGGCCUCUCUUGUGGAUGUGGAGCCAGUCUGGGAAGCUUUGCAGGAGGGUUUGUUGUGAACAGUUUUGGCCUGGCAGUGCUCUACAGAGGGUGCUCCAUCACCUUAGUACUCUGGCUAAUCUUGUUCUUGAUUGUCCAUUCCAAGUUGCCACGGCAAAAAAAAAUUAACUAUUCCCGUCUCCUUGCUGCAGAUUCGAGUGAUGCGAGUGACUCUGAUGAUGAUAAAGAGAGGGACUGGCUAGUGAAAGCUAUGAAAGAUGAGGGCUUCAGUAGGAACUGGUAACAGUUUUACAUUUCUUCCGUCUAUGGCCAAAAUCCAGACUUGGGAGAAAUAGGAUGCUUUGAUUAGAAAGAAAGCAAAACUAUGCACAUUGAAUGU